AUCACAGACUGUCACCCAUAUAAAACCAGCAAUGUAAAUGUUCCCGCCAAGACUCACCGAAGCUAGGGUUUGCGGCACCACUGGUUCGCCAUGGCGGAGCUUGCUCACAUCGCCCACCUACUCAACCAAACCCUCAGCCCCGACGCCACCACCGUCCGUGCCGCCACCGCCGCGCUCGAUCACCUCUCCCUCACUCCCCACUUCCCCUUCCACCUCCUCUCCAUUUCCGCCGGAGGAGAAAAUCAAGGUCAGAAAAUCGCCGCUGCUACCUACCUGAAGAACCUCACGCGCCGCAGCAUCGACACCAGCGGUGCUACACCGUCGAACGUGAGCAACGAGCUCAAGGAGCAGCUGUUGCAAGCUCUGCUUCAAGUGGAGUUUCCCGUUCUCAAGAUUUUGGUUGAAGUGUUCCGUGCGGUUGCUGUUGCUGAUUUUGUUAAGCAGAGUUUGUGGCCGGAACUUGUGCCGAAUCUGCAGUCUGCUAUUCAGAAUAGCCAUCUUAUCAGCGGCUCGAACUCGAAAUGGAACACCAUCAAUGCACUUAUUGUUCUUCAUGCUCUUCUCAGACCCUUUCAGUAUUUUUUGAAUCCCAAAGUUCCCAAGGAGCCAGUACCACCACAGUUGGAGCUCAUGGCCAAAGAAAUUCUUGUGCCGUUGCUUGGUGUGUUUCAUCAAUUUGUUGAAAAGGCUUUAGCAAACCAUGACAGAGCAGAAAUAGAAACUGAAAAAGUCCUUCUAACUACAUGCAAAUGCCUACAUUUUGCGGUAAGGUCCUACAUGCCAUCAACUUUAGCUCCUUUACUACCUUCAUUCUGUCGGGACCUCGUGAGAAUUUUGGGAUCUUUGAGCUUUGAUUAUGCUGUCACUGAAGAAGAUGGAAUUUGGACACGGUUGAAGACUGGAAAAAGAAGUCUGCUUAUUUUCUCUGCCCUUGUCAUCCGGCACAGGAAACAUUCUGAUAAGUUGAUGCCAGAAAUUAUAAAUUGUGCACGAAACAUAGUCAAGUUUAGCAAAAAUAUCAGUAAACUUCCUUUCCUAUCAGAGAGGAUUCUAUCCCUAGGUUUUGAUCUUAUUUCUAAUGUGCUGGAGACCGGGCCGGGAUGGCGAUUAGUUUCUCCACAUUUUACAACUCUAUUGGAAUCUGCAAUCUUUCCAGCAUUGGUAAUGAAUGAGAAGGAUGUGUCAGAGUGGGAAGAAGACGCAGAUGAGUACAUACGGAAGAAUCUCCCUUCAGAUAUAGAUGAAAUUAGUGGAUGGAGAGAGGAUUUAUUCACUGCUAGAAAAAGUGCAGGAAACUUACUUGGUGUUAUUUCAAUGUCAAAGGGGCCACCAAUGGAGAGUGCCACUGACAGUUCUUCAGCUUCAACCAAGCGUAAAAAAGGACAAAAGAACAAAAGAAGCAAUCAGCCGCGCUCCAUGGGGGAGCUAUUGGUGCUUCCAUUUUUGUCCAAGUUUCCCAUUCCUUCUGAUUCCAAUGUGUCUCAACCGAACAUCUUAAAUGAUUACUUUGGCGUGCUGAUGGCAUAUGGGGGCCUUCAAGAUUUUUUGAGGGAGCAAGAAUCUGCAUAUGUGACAACUCUGGUUAGCACGCGGAUUAUGCCACUGUAUGCAGUAGCUGCGUCCCUACCGCACCUAACUGCAAGUGCAAACUGGGUACUUGGAGAACUAGGUUCUUGUCUACCUGAAGAGAUGAGUGCUGAUGUAUAUUCUAAAUUGCUCAUGGCAUUGGUCAUGCCAGAUCAGCAAGAAACUUCUUGCUAUCCUGUACGAGUUUCUGCUGCUGGGGCAAUUACUACACUACUUGAGAAUGACUACAUGCCUCCUGAUUUUCUACCUCUUCUCCAAGUCAUAGUUAGCAGCAUUGGAAUUGAUGAGAGCGAGAACUCCAUCUUAUUUCAGCUUCUCAGUUCUAUCAUGGAAGCUGCGGAUGACAAAGUUGCAGUCCAUAUCCCACACAUUGUCUCACCGUUAGUGGGUUCAGUCUCAAAAUGGUUUACUGCCAGUCUAGGGCCUUGGCCUCAGGUGGUUGAACAUGCAAUUGCUGCUCUGGCAGUCAUGAGUCAGACAUGGGAAAACUCUAGGCCUGAAGAAUCUGAAUCAAGCGAGUCUCAUGAAAAAUGGACUGCAGAUCAAGUGGCAAUUAGCAGAGCUUUUACUGCACUCCUGCAGCAGGCUUGGCUUACACCUCUAUGCACACCAGACCAACAAGACCAGAAUUCUCUGCCUUCAUCAUGCAUAGAAGAUCUGUCAACUUUGCUACAGUCUGUCAUACUAUCUAUUGAUGGAAAUCACAUGAUUCAAGAGCUUAAAGUAUCCGAGUUACUGUCAGUCUGGGCUGAAAUGAUUGCAGAGUGGCACGCAUGGGAAGAAUCAGAGGAUUUGUCAAUUUUUGAUGUGAUUAAGGAAACUGUGAGCUUAAAUAGCAGAUAUGGAUUGAAAAACUUUCUUGUAAAAGAUAUGCCACCCCCUCCAGCUCCACCUGUGCCUGAACGUUCAAUUGUUGAGGGCAUUGGCACUUUUGUUAGUGAGGCCAUUAAGCAAUAUCCUUCUGCCACAUUGAGAGCUUGCUCAUGUGUCCAUUUAUUACUACAUUGCCCAACAUACUCACUUGAAACUGAAGGUGUAAAGCAGUCAUUGGCUAUUGCUUUUACUAGUGCAGCCUUCUCUCGCUUUAUAGAAGUUCAAAGCACGCCUGAUUCACUUUGGAAGCCUAUAUUGCUUGCUAUAUCUUCAUGCUAUUUGUGUUAUCCUGAUAUAAUAGAAGGUAUUCUGGAAAAAGCGGAAAAGGGAGGCGUCACUAUUUGGGCAUCUGCUUUAUGUCAUGUAUCCAAUAGCUCUUUUGAGGCUGGUCUGACGGCAACAUCUGAGAUGAAGUUAAUGGUGAUGACACUGGCUCGAUUGAUUGAGCAACUUCUGAAACAAGGGAAGUCAGGUAGUGAUUCAAUUCGAAACUGCUUUAUUUCACUGUUGGAGGUGUCUAUACGUCUGAAAGAAGCACAGGAUGGGGAAGAAGAUGAAGAUGAAGAAGCUGAAGAGGCUGAAAAUGAUGACGAUGGUGAUGAGGACAGUGAUGAUGGUGACUCUGAAGAUUAUGAUGAGGACUCUGACGUUGAGGAAUAUGAAGAAACAGAAGAAGAAUUUCUCAAUAGGUACGCCAAAGCUGCGGAGGCAUUGGAAAAUGGUUCAUUUAUUGAAGAGGGGGAUGCUGAAGAUGAAGAAGUGGAGGUAGAAUUAGGUCAAUUACUUGAUGUUGAUGAGCAAAAACAAGUGUUGAACUUGAUAUACAAAUAUCACCAAGGGCUCAUACAAGGACAAGGUUUGCCCUCGCAGCUCAUCAUGAAUUUCCUGAAUGCCUUUCCCGGGUAUGGUUUGUAUUUCCAGCAAUACAGCUAAGCCUGUUUGGUUUUGAUGGAAAGCACAUUCAUUUUGCUUUGAAAAGUGGGAUCCCACUUUCCUGAGCGCAAAAUGUGAAAACAAGAAUUUUGAAGGGUUGGAGUUGAGCGUGGUUAGAUGUUAAAGCAAACAUCGUAUGGUUUGUGAUGUGUUGUCUAUGUUUGUUUGUAAAUGAGGCUUUUCACAUUGAAAGUCCAGGGCUUCUAAUGUGUAUAAAAGGAAAGUAGAACAGCUAUGGUUGUUAUUAUUUGUUUUUUUCUUGGUGGGGUGGGUUAGUGAGUUGGAAUUGGGUAGUUGCAAUUCUCAUUGAUUUGUACAAUAAUUCUCUUAAUUGGGGAGGAGAGCAGUCGAGAUUUCGAUUUGAGAGUUGAGGCAUCAUAUAAGGAGCUGCAAAAAUGUAUCAUUGUACAAUUUUUCAGAUUUGAGUUAUUAAUGGUUAUUUGCGCUCUGAUGUUGUAUGAAA